GUGAAAAAUUAAUCAGUCUUACUUGUGUUUUGGUUUAUAAAUUAAGUAUAUAGAUAAUUAAUUGAUCAGUGUUACUAUUUUUUUUUUUUUUUUUAAUCAUGAGGUUCUUAUUCGCGAUCACGCUAUCAAUUUUUAUUUCCGCAGCUCACGGUGCUUAUGAUCAUGUGGAAGGUAUAAAUACCCAGAAGUGCAUGGAGCUUUGCAAUAAUUGUGGAGGAAUUGGAUCUUACGUCGAUCAAUCUUGCGAAUGUUACGUCGGCGAAACUGACGAAGAUGGAGAAUGUUUCGACCGAAUGAAAAGAAAAGCCCGGCAGCAAUUCAACUUCGACUUAAUAAAUUGCAAACGCGGAUUAUCUGAUCGUCCAUCGCGUUGUAACUAUCAAAAUUCUCGACGUAUUGGGUCAUAUGACAUAUGUCGUAUAGCUCAGUACUUUUUGAGCGGGGGCCCGGCAAAAAGGAUCCCGAUUGUAAAAUCCAAAUGCGAUUGCGAUCCAAUAACAACAACGACAACAACAUCAACAGAACCGACGAUAAUAAAAACAUUUAUAGAUAACUGCGAAGAAAUCCCAGACGAAUGUAAUCCUACGACAGAGCGACCAAUAGAAGACCCUUGUGAGGAGUACAAACCAACUCCUCGACCUCCUACCUACCUAGAACGACAUUACGAUUAUCCUAAACCCACGUUCCUCAUUCAUAAUCCAGGACAUCGGAACACCCAUCCUAUAUUACAGUCCUCAGUACCAACCUCUAAUAAUUUGUUUAGUAAUUAUUUAAAUCACGGCAAUAAUUAUAAUUAUCCAGCUCAAUUUCCCGCAUUUCCUACUCGGCAAACUCUGUCGCCUUAUGAUUUAAAUAAAAAUAAAUAUAUGGAAGAUAUGCAGAAAGCAAUGAUGGAACGUAAUUACUACAACUCGAUGAUGGAAAGCCAAGCGUACAAAAACAACAAAAUGAACUCCUAUAAUUACAACACAUUUCCAACAAACGGUUACAUGAAUUCCCUUUAUCCAAAUAAUUAUAAUUACAUGCAAUCAUUAUAUUCAAACGGAAACGUCAAUAAUAAUUAUCAAAUCGAUAGUUACUUGCAAUCAUUGUCAUACAACGAUUUAUUCCAACUGCAAAAGUUUUUAGCAAACCAGAACUCAAUGCUGCAAAGACUUCAAAGCAGCGCACAAGCUGACAAUAAUUACAUGCCGCUUAAUAUGAUGGUGGGCGCAGCAAAUCCCUCUUCAACAGACAAUACUAUGAAUCAAGAAAAUACCACUCCCCAGGUAUUAACAACACUUGGAUCGUCUAAUGAUGAAACUGUAGUAUCAUCAGCUGAGGGGAAUGAUAAUACAGUGAUAGUAAUAGAUGAGUCUCAAACGAUGCAAGGAGGUGGCGAUGACAAUUCAAAUGACAGUACUGAGAGGUCGAGAAGAGUUGUGCGGCCUACUUUUAAUCGUAGGCUCAUGAAACGGGGGUUCAAGUCAUUGUAAAAUCAUUAUUAUUGGGGAUGUGCGAAUAAUAUUUUAAUCGAAUCGAAUUAUUCGAUGAUCCAGAAGCGGACGAUUAAAAAUUUUUUGAUUUUAUCAACAAAUCAAUUGCAAAAAAAAAAAGAAAUUAAAAAAAUGCACAUGUAGAAAAUUUUAAAAAAUAUAGGAGCAAUUUUUUUAAUUUUUUUUUUUUUAUUGCUGAUAGUUUUCGUGAUGACGAAUGGUCUGAGACAACUGAUCCCAUGACAAUUUAAAAGAUUCUAGAGGCUAAAAGAUUAAAUCGAAUCACCAGUAUCGUGAUUGGGACAUCGAUAGGUUGGAUCAGAUGUAAUUGGGAUCAGUUGACAUGGAACCUAUUAUUUGAACUGUUUUAAAAUUUUAAUAUUUGUCGGUUUUUGAAUUAUUCGUGAAUUUUUAUGAGUGUGAAUGUAGCAGGCAGACAAAUUUAAAAUUAUAAAUAAAUAGAAUAAAUAAUCGAUAAAAUAAAAUUUUUUAAAAAUGCGGAUUUGAAAAAUUUUAAAAUUAAUAAGUGCAUUUUUUUUAAUAUUAUUUUAAAAAUUAUUUACUAUAUUUAUUUAUAGUUUUAAAUUUGUCUGAUGUCUGUUACAUUCAGACUCAUAAUUUUUUCAUUAGUAGAAUUUGAAUUAUAAAAUUUAGUUCGAAUUUCGAUUAUCAAAUUUUUAUUUUAGUAAUUUAUGAAUAACACGUGAGUUCGGAAUAUUUGCACACUUA